AUGUCUCAUCUCUCAGUGCACAUAUCGGACAGCAACUCCGAUGACGACUUCGAUGAGGGCAACAUCGAGCAAAUCUCCAUCCCAGGGCCCAACACCUCCAAGGGAGAUUUCAUGGAUGCAGUCAAAGCAUUGCAGCUCGAAGUUCAGCGUCUGUGCGAAGAAAAUCGUGCUCUCAAGGAGAAGAACAAAGUUCUACUUGCCGAGAAGCCCAAACGUAAGCGGCGCGUUGAAGCACCUGAUGAACUCGUUGCUCACGAACAGACCAUCUCACUGUAUGCUCGUAAAUACAGCAUGACAGUGGAGAUGUUUCCGGACAAUGAACUUCUCACCAAGAAGCUGCCGGAUUUGCCUACACCAUUCGAUAGCCAUGACCGUUACAAGACUGCUGCAACUCAGGAAACGGCCUUCUUAGACGAACUUUACAAGCAUUUCCCAGAACGCGUCCAUCGAGCCAUACAGAGUGUGUACUUCAAAGACCUCGUACAUAAGUGCAUCAGCGAUGCUCGUUCAAACGAGAUCAAAAAAUUACGUGGCGUUGCUGGAGAUAUUUUUGACCUUCCUGCGAAGUACUUUGCCAAUCCUAGUUUCGACAGAGCCGGCAGUUGUCGAAAUUCAAAAGAUGCUUGGAGUCUGCAAGAAGACACCACCCUCAAGACUGUUUUCGGCAACUGGAUACUUUUCGCCAAGAUUCUGAGAGCAUCACUGCAUGGCGUCACCUCGCUUCAUCAAGAGCCUUGUGGCAGAUCAAAGACUAAUGCUCGGAAGUGGAACUUUCAACAAGUCACUCCAGGAUCUAUCGCAUGGGCGGCAGUUAUCGCAAUAUUUCUGCUCUCACCCGACUCCGAAUUUCCCGGUUCGGGAGUGGGGAAAUCAUCGACCAUCAGUUACAAAGACCUGUUCUUUCAAUAUAAGAAGAUGCUCAUUACAAAGUGGGACACCAGGCGCAUCAAGAAUAUUAUGGUCAGUAUCAACAACCACAUUUUUGGCACCGCAAAGUUGUCCACCCUCAAUCCCGCUGGUGGCGAAGACUUUUCGGAUGAAAUCAAUCGCGCUAUGCUCGCACUCGACAUGUCAUCAGACAGUGAAGCAGAUGAGGUUCCACCAGCAUCAGUAGCGCUACAUGAAGGUCCAGGCCCAGGUCUCAAUGCAGGUCUCGUCAACCGACCUGCAGAAGAAGCAUCUGAAUCAGCAUCUCGAGCUGCUGCUCAUACUAAUGUUGAAGCAGACGAAGCUGAUGUAGAUGAAGCUGAUGGUCAGAUAAUAGGCAGGGGCCGAGGGAAGGGAAAGACUAGGGGGAAAAGGGCAGUAGCAACUCAUAGCAAUAUUCGUCGUGGUCGUUCUCAAAAAGUCUCAUAG